AUGGCUGUUAGCUUUCGCACACCCACUAAUAUUCCAACAUUGAAGACUGGGCAGCGGUGUACCCUUGCGCCUAACAGCAACGGGCAGAUGAAUCAUAUCACCGAUGCAAAAACUGGAACUGCAGGUGUUAUGCAAUGCACCAAUGUCACCCCACAACCUGCGAACAUAGGAAUCGGAUUCUUCAACAAGGCUGGGAAUAAGAUGGAGCCUGCUAUUUUGUGGCAGAAUGUUGCUAAGAACGCCACUCUUUCCGUCCAGCUUACACCAAGGCUUAAGAUAUAUGCAACUACGGAUUAUAAAAGCGACGUUGAGAGCCCGCUAUUGUUUUACCAAAACCUCAUCGGUCUUGCUGCCCACACCGAGUGGAAUGUCAUUGUCGACGAGGGAACGGGAGAAAUCAAGAUCGUUCCCGUCUCAUCCUGA